AUGUCGGCACAUGCAGGGAGGAGGAUACACAAAAGCUACAAAAAGACUAUGCUUUGUGGAUUAAUGUUAUUUGUGUUGCUGUGGAUUUCCUUCUUUGUUUACGCUGUGGUAUGGAAACCGCAAUGGUUGCUGGAGGGACGAGCAGUACCGACUCGCCAACCAUUCUCAUGGCAGGUAGCAGAAGCUAAAAACAGCCAGCGUAUCCAUGUGACACUGAACGAGAUUAGCGCAGCCGGAUAUGACAUAGUCUUGCCAGUGUCGCAGGUCCAUAUGGCGGCCAUGUUGAAAUAUCCCACGGAUAUGAAGUUCAUGGAUAAAGUAUUAGUGCUGACCCCGGUUCACAACGCCGCAGAUCAUCUGGAACAUUUUUCGGAGAUUCUUAUGACGUUAACUUAUCCUCGACCGCUUUUGUCAUUGGCCCUGGGAGAAGACAGUAGUACAGAUGAGACUAUGCCAGCCGCAGUGGCCAUUCAUGAGAAAUUGUCACAGCGCUUCCGGCGUGUGAGUAUCAUUAGGUUAAAUUUAUCCGGACAGUUACACGGAAACGUCCGGACGAAACAUGAUGAGGGCGUGCAGUACAGUCGCCGGACUCACCUCGCUAGGGCUAGGAAUAUGCUGUUAAAAUCUGCUCUUAGUGACGAGAAAUGGGUGUUGUGGAUUGAUAGCGACGUCAAAGUCAUCCCGUCAAAUCUGGUCGAGCAGCUCCUAUCGGCCGAGAAAGAUGUCGUCGUACCGCUAUGCGUCCGCAACGACCCGUACCAUCACAUCAAAAAAGUGUACGAUAAAAACACGUGGAGAGAAACAGAAACAUCGCUGAGGCAGCAACGUGAAUCACCCGCUGAUAAGCUGUUUUUAGAAGGUUACGGACCUUCGAACAGAAUCUACCUAAACUCGCUUAGACCGGAAGGUAGGGUUGUCCCGCUAGAUGGCGUCGGAGCGUGCAGCUUGCUCGUGCGCGCUGACUGCCAUCGUGAGGGACUAAUAUUCCCUGACUUCAUCUACGAUCAUCACGUAGAAACGGAAGGACUGGCUAAAAUGGCCAGAGAUAAAGGAUACGGAGUGUUUGGAAUGCCUUUUGUAGAAGUUGUACAUGUAUGAACAGUUUAGUUUUCAAUUUUAGCAUUGGCAGCUCACAUAAAGAAACUCCUUGUAUUGGGUUUAUAUUCCGCAUGUGUGUUGAUCCGACCGAAACAAAACAAUAUGAUGUAUAAUUUUAAGGCCAGGACUAGGCAUUUUAGUAUAGGCUACAUUCUUCGUUUAUUCCAAUUCGCUUGGCAUGUUUCAAGCGCAUUCUGAUCGGCUAAUUAAUUUAGUUAGGCAGCGUGAGGAAAGGAUAAACCCAGAGUUCUUUGUCCUCAUAACAAGUAAAGAAAGAUUUCGCCAACAUUACGAACAGAAGAACCUAGGUCAGCUCUGUAUUCUUGUCAAAACCUAAGUCCAAGUAAGUUUCACUCUCGACAAGCGACGGUUACAAAUGUGCACACCCAUAAUGACAUGCGUAUCACUGGUACACAAGUCCUGUAAUACUGAUACACAUGUCAUUGUGGACGUGUUCCACAUUUUGUGUAGGCAUACUGCUAGUACACGCAAUGUGGAUGUGUAUAUUUUAUAUUGUAUAAAAAUAUGUGUAUAUUUUUGUCACAAUUCGGUGUACCACUCGUACACAGUAGAUUUUAGAGUGCACUCCAACGUUAUGUAACGGACAUAAUUGUCCCUCAUUUCAAGUUGCCAAGAUAUUAUAGAUAGAUCUUUAAUACGUUAGGUCAAUUGGUCCGUCAUCUUAUACAUAUUAUAGCAAAGAAUAAAAUAACAUGGCGAACAAUAGGCGACAAAGGGGGAAACAAUCAAAUGAAAGUAGUGUCUCUCAGUUUCAUGUAAAUCCCCCCUAGCAGGACUUCUUUACCUAGAAAUGCAAGUUUGAACAAACUGGUCAUGUAAUCGUUUUACAGUAGAGAGGAAGUUUUUUCAUUGCGUACUAUUUGCGCCUUCCAGGCAUGGCCGAGGUGAAACAACUGUUUCACAUUAGAUACCCAGUUUGCUUUGUUGGAUAAAAUGCAAUUAUCAUAUAAUAUAUAAUAUACCAUUUUCACAAAUUUCUUGUUUUUAGCGUUUACAAUGUU